UGAGGGGGCCGGUCGAAGGGCGUGGUCUUGAAUACGGCUACCCAAUGAAGUGCGCGCCUCCUGCAGCUCGCAGUUCCACUUGGCUGGGUUAGUCCGAUCCCGCAGGUGUGCAUGAGGAUCCGACGGUCUUUGCUCGCGCUAUGAUCGCCUCUGCCCCUCUGCUCGUCCUCGGGGCAACCCUUGGCACUGCCUCGGGCAUCCUCGCCUUGUGCGGACUCUCUCUGCUCUGCAAGUCUUUCCGAAAAACGGAGGCUGUGGAAGGGAGCACCGGUGUGUUUCAGCCGAGCCAGCAGUUCAGCAUCCAAAAAUCCACAGAGCCUGUCCAGCCUAGAUCUCUCUUGAUCUUCCCUCGAUUGUAUCGAGCCAAAGCUGUUGGGAUAUGUCCUGAGAUGGUUAAUUAUACACAGCAGGAUGAAAGCCCAUCAGCUGAGGGACCCGAGGAUGCUCUGACAACCCCUACCUCACCCACCCAAGGCCUGCCAGGGAUGGAUCAGCCAGAUUGCAUGUCCCCCAGUGACUCACCUGAGACUCCUAAACUGCACUUCAGCCUGCAGUACAAUACACAGAGCCGGGAGCUUCAAGUCACCAUCAUCGAGGCGGAGAAAGUGAGCACAGCACAAGGAAGUGACUGCUAUGUAAUCGGCAAUUUGACUACCCUGUCCACCAGGAAGGAGGCUAAAACGACAGUGAAGCGUGCUCUCCCCCAGGUGGUGUGGCAAGAAACUUUGGCGUUUCCUCUACCGGAGGGCUGCGAGAUAGAAGGCGAGAUGGCACUGUCACUCUACAGUUGUGACACAUUCUCACAGCAUGCCCACAUGGGUGUCGUCAGGUUCAAGCUGGCUGAUGUGCCAAUGCUGUCAAAUGCAGACUGCUGGGUGGAUCUUCAGCUUCCCAAACUGGAUCGGAGCAUCUCUGCCGGUGAAAUCCUGCUUUCAAUAAGCUACUUACCUGCUGCUAACCGACUAGGAGUGGUUGUCAUGAAGGCCCGUGGCCUCCAGUCGGAUAGAAUGAAGGAUAUCAUAGACCUUUCUGUGAAACUGGCAUUGAAACACCAGAACACCAAGCUCAAGAAGAAGCAGACCCGCAGGGUCAAGCACAAAAUAAACCCAGUCUGGAAUGAGAUGAUGAUGUUUGAAGUUCCUCAUGAGCUCUUGUCUCAGUCAAGUCUGGAACUUGAAGUUCUAAACCAGAAUCAGGGUAGUGAAGCCCUCUCCUUGGGACAGUGCUCCCUGGGCUUACAAUCCGUGGGAAGUGGACUCCAGCACUGGCAGCAGAUGCUGAGUAAUCCCCGAAGACAGAUUGCCAUGUGGCACCCUCUGUAUGCAUGAAGCUCACUGAAAGAAGCAGUCAGGCACCCUCCUGUAGCUUCCUUUUCAAUCUGGAACCCCACAACACUGAGCAGAACUGCCCAGGAAACCAAAAGAAAUUCACCAAGAAAGACUCACAAUCUUCCGUACCAUCUCAUUGAUCCAGAUGCUCAGAAAUGCACCAUAUUUUUUGAGCAGACGUUUCUUAAACAAUGUAUGUGGAAAUUUGGUGGCAUGUAGAGGUGGACCAAUGGAAAAGCAUAAUUUAUGGACACCGGGAACCUCCUGUGAAAUGACAGCAAGCUGAACAGACAGAGGAAGGAGAACGGUGGCGAGAAAUGUGUCAUCAUAAGUUCACCAUUUCACGGGUAAAGAUCUGUGCCUCAAAACAGAGAAUGUGGCAUCACAUUUGCUGCAGGGGAAAGCUUUGCCUUUUGGGAAGAAAUGUUACAGGCUUGCUUUUUUUCUACAGAUGGACAAGGACCUGGAUUACCUCAUCUGGGAUACAAAAUGGAGAGAUUGUAUAUAUUUUAGUACAGCUUCUGGUGUUGACAGUUGGUAGGUCAUCACUGCUAAUGGCCAGUAACAAACAUUACAGUACAGUGUUUGCAAAGUGCAGUCUUGAAAGACCCAGACUAUCAGUACCCAUUUUCUCUGUGAUAAGGUGAAAGGCCUUAGUAGGCCACUCCAGCUAAACAUUUAGUGUAGUAAUUCUUCCUGUACAUUAGAAAAAUGCAUCUCUUUUGGCAGCCAUCAGUAUUCUUUUUUGCUUUAUUUUGAGGACCACCCCCCACCAUGGACUGGAGUUCCAUCUGUACCACAAACACGAUGAUCCUUUUACACAUUUUAUUUGCCAAGUUCUGUAGUUCCUGCCAAGUUGGCAGCUUUCCCAACAAAAACUCAGAGGGUGGAGACUCUAGUGAUUUUUUUUUCACAGGCUGGCAACAUACAGGGAGUAGGAAGAUGGAAGAGAGCUGAGAAUCCCACCCAGACAUGCUGUUAAGAAUUUUGUAACAUCAACAGGGGGUCAGAUUGUACAGUCACGUUUCAAAAGUCUUUGAUGCCAUCCACUAAAUGCAGUAAUUUAUUGAACCAACAUACAUUACCGACAAACCUGCCCUUUUCCCAAUGGAUGUAUGUCUGUGCAAAGUCCCAGAGUGCCAUGCUUGGAGAGCAGGAGUCCUUUAGACACCACAAUGUCAAAAUCUAUCAUCGUGUUCCUGCAGCUCCCAAUAUCUUGUUGCCUCACAAUGAUUUCUUCCUAUUGACUCGGUGUCACAUCUCCUAAUUAUGUGUUCCUUGAAGUGCAAUAAAUUUGUCUCUAAGUCUGGUCUUUCAA